GAAUUAUCGAUUUUAUUUUACAUUACCGGAAGCAACGCCGGUAAAAUGUAAACAAAGCAUUUCUUAGAAGAUUUAUGUUUUGCUGUGCACGUGAACUGUCUUAAUUAGGGCAGCAUGAAGAGGGCAAGGGUAUCAAACUUGGCAAACGCGGAGUAUUUGAGCCCGGAUGACAUACGCUACUCUCAGGAUACCAUCUCUGCUACGUUCUCUAAUGGGAAGCCAAUAGGAAAAACCCUAGAUGCCCUUGUCAGGAUGGAAACAUUUGUUCCAGAAAUACCACCCAUUUGCGUAGCCAAAGAAAAUGGAACGUUUUAUACAAGGAAUAAUCGCCGGCUCUGGGUUUACAAACAGCUAGCUUCAAUGAACCGAUGUCAUUUCAUCCCUUGUUUCAAAGCACCUUACGUCCCUAGAGGACAGUUCACUACAGUGAUAGGAGGACAUGAGAUAAUCGUGCGUGGUGAUCCCCAGAGUGAGACCUUAGAAGAGUUUAAUACCCAUAAACGAAGGGAAAUGCUUAAGAGAAUCCGCAGCAGACAGAUUUCAGACCAUACACCACGUGGUCAUUUUACCCCAAGGUUUGAAUUCAUGCGUGAUCAGAAAAGGCGAAAAGUGACGGCAAGGAGAAAGCUAAAGCAUAAAUCUGAAGACAAAAAGGAAAAGGGAACGUUAAAAGAGCAAAAUAACGAAGUUAAUGACAUUAUAAAACCAAGCAAUAAACAAGAUGAUACCGAUGAGAUUCAACCUGCAAAAGCUCGGAAGAUAAAGGAUGAUGAUAAGUCUUCUCGGGAUAGGGAAUCGGAUGAAAAAACACAAUGCAAUAAAGAAAACGACAUACCUCUAAAACACACGACAAAUACUACAGAUAAAAAAGCUGUAGCCAAGGAAUUUGACUCUAAAAAACAUUUAUCUGCGAAGGUGGAAACAAACUUUACAGUGUGCAAAGAUUUAGAAAAUAAGGAAGGUAGGGAUAAUGUAGUAAUUGAUCUUACUGAUGAUGACGACCAGGAUAAUGCUUGUACAAUAGAUGUUAAAUUGCAUGAUAAGGAUAAGGAAAAUACAAAAUGUAGUAGUGAUUUGUUCAAAUUUUCGGCCAAAAGCAAUGCAAGUUCUUUGCCUGUCAGAAUAUCAGCUAACUUUAAGUCUCACAAAAUCAAAAAAGAAAGAGGCCGCAGCUAUGCCAGUGGGUCCCGGAACAGACCAAGACAGUUACAGCAAUGUAGGGAAGUUGGUAGGGGAAAUCCUUCUGCACAUUAUACUGCCCCACAAUUUUCUAACAACCAAAUUUCAAAUUAUCACUCAAAUAAAUUUGAUCAGCCACAGCAAGUUAAUAUCAUUCCGGCACGGCAUGAUUCGCAACGCGAAUACUUGCAAAAUUACGAUCAAAAUCGCUUUAAUAGACCUGAAUACACCCUAUCUGACAGGUAUUUAGUGGUACCAUACCAACCACUCGCUGUACCUGUAAUCUACGGCCAAAAUCAAAAACCUGUAAUUUACGGCCAGAAUCAAAAUCCUGUAAUUUACGGCCAGAAUCAAAAUGUAAGUGCCUCGCACGAUUUCCAAAUGUUUGGUGAUUAUAGACAUUGACCAAAACUUUGCAGUGUUGUUCUUUCUAAAUGACAUCAUGAUUUCACACUUUUACAAACGUAGCAGGCUGGCAAAACAGUCAAAAUGCCUUAUAUAAGUUCCACUUUGUUGUAUUACAUAUAUUAUAUACGCUUACCACAGAUAAAUACGGAUUCGUUAAAGGAACCCCAUCACGAUCGCACGAAAUGAAGACCCUAAAACGUUUCCGUAGAUGUACACUUUCUGAAAUAUUCUACAUCUCAUUCUGUAAUGUUUCUGUUUUGGGGAGACAAAUUAAAUGUGUUUUACAUUAAGAACAAUCAAUUUAAGGUUGAAAAAAUUAGAACAGAAAAUCAGAAAUAUUUAGUUUUAUCUCUUUCAUCUAUGUUAACAUUUUCUCAUAUCUAGAGUCCAUUUUGAGCUUCCAUAGUUUCGGAAAAAAAGUUUAUACAAAUUAUAAGACUCUUCUAUCAAAGGAAAAUUUCUUUGAAAUACAUCUUUCGGGAUAAGUAUUCUUUAUUGAUAUUAUAAUCACAUAUUUUAAAUUGGUAAAUUCAGUUAAAUAACAAGAUGCUUUUGCAUUUAUUUUUCAACGUUUGAACAGGAUUUCGUAUGGUGGGUUUGGAUUUUGAAUCUCCGUCAGGGGCAAGCCGUUGUUUCUUUACACUCUUGUGAUUGAUUGUACUGUUUGUAUCCCGGAACGGAUUUAGGAAUAUUCUAUUCUACACAACCAAACUAAAAUAAACUAUAAAACUAAGAAUGAUUUUGAUUUAAUACUGCUUAUGUUGACGUUUCAGUAAGACUGUUUUAAGAUCCAAGGGACAUGCACAUAGUUUAAGAGGUGUAACAUUUAAAAGGGAUAAGGUAUUGAUUGGUGGAUUCUCAAAUAAAGGCUCGGUUGUUGUUUUACAUUAAUUUGUGACCUUUACCAUUACCUGGCAUAGCUGCGCUAUAAUAUAACUGCAAUGUUUUUUUUUUCUUGUUAAUCUUUCAAACAAUUCCAAUAAAAUAUUUGUGUCCGUCUGUCUGUA